GAGGAUAAAACGACAACGUCUUCUACGAAAGUCAGCUGUUUUCUACAAUCUGCCACGUUACACUUCCCUAGUAGAACUCCAUGCACAAGGCCACGUAAACCGCUCUCUCUCUCUCUCUCUGAGUCUUUCCCAGAUCUCUCAGUCUCUCUCUAGACACAUAAUCUUCAAUCAAAUGGUGAAACUCGCGACGGCGCGUGAGAUUAGAACGUACGGCCCUCGGCUAGGGAGGAGCAGAGCCGAGUACAUCAACGCAGGUCUAUACUUGUUUGCAACCGUAGCGCUCAUCGGCGGUUUCACGGCGACAGGAUUCUCAUGGGAACCAAGAUCCGGCCUCGUCCUUAUUCUCCUAGCUCUCGUUCUUAUAACUGCCGUGAAUGUUCAUGAUCUCGUGGCUCAUCUAGCCGGAAUCGAUUACCGGUUAAGGUUAAUGGAGUAUGAUUUGCAACUGGGGCUUGUGGAAUUUGCAGUCCCUCUGGUUCAGAUAGCGGGUUCGGUAGUUUUUUUCUUGGGAAUCUUUUUCGUCUUCCAUCAGGCUGAGACAAAACGUGGAUACAGUGGAAGAGAGCAUCAUGCAUUAAACUUGCUUAUUGCGGGUCCGUUGCUUUGGGUGAUAGGAUCGAUUCACAACUCAUGCCAAAUCUACCAGAGAGCAGACAGUCAUGUCCAAAUUCUACAGCAGUGUGUUCACAUUCCUUUCUUGGUUGGAUCUCUUCUAUUCUUGGUUUCGGCAGUUCUCAAUAGCCUCGACCAAUCCGGGUCAUCUCACAGUGGCUUGAAGCUUCUUGGGGAAAGAUGGGUUUGGCUUGGGAUUGCCGGGGCUAUAUGUUUGUUUGUGGGAGGAUUGAUGAACGUUGUUAAGGUUUUUAACUUCGUUCAGAUCACUGGGCUACGCCUCGAGAAACUACGGGGCGGAGCUCAAGACCGGCUUCUUGAAGGGAGAGAAGGAUAUCUCCCUCUUGUUGCUGAAGAAGAAAGAAUAAGGAAAAUGGAAGCUGACGAAGCUUCUAGUAGAACCAAACCCCGUGCCCACUUAACCUCCAAAGCUGGAGCGGGAGCUACAGAGACCGUGGUAGUAUCAUCUCCGACACCAUACAAGGAUGUUCUCGUUGGACAGAGCUGAGGAAGAUUAUUCUUGUUUAGAUGUUGUUUUGUACUCUAUAUUCGUUUUUAUCUACGAAGACAACAGAUUUUGCCGUUCACCACAAGCUAUGAUUCGUUUCCUUGUUGAUCAGCCUUUAUGAAUAUUGAAAUAUGUUACAAUA